UUCACCGACGACCGGAAGUCUUUUCCAGAUUCGAAAUCACAAGCCCACUUCACCCAUCACACCGCUCCACUUCGCCCAUCGCAGGCGGACGAUGCUCGGCCCCGUCGGCGCCGACUUCCCGGCCUCCUCCUCGUCGCCUCUGGUCGACGCCAGCGACGAGGGGAUGCGCGCGGCGGUGGCGAAGGUGGAGCGCCUGCUUGGUUACUCGUUCCGGGACCCGAGGCUUCUGGAGGAGGCGCUCACACACUCGUCCCACACGGAGAACCUCUCGUACCAGCGCCUCGAGUUCCUCGGGGACGCCGUCCUUGGCCUCGCAUUCGCCAACUACAUUUACCUCACUUACCCCAGCGCUGACCCCGGCCAGCUGACCUCCCUCCGCAAAGCCAACGUCUCCACCGAGAAGCUCGCCCGCGUCGCCGUCCGCCACGAUCUCUACCGCCUCGUCCGCCGAAACUCCCCCAGUCUCGAUCAGAAUGUGGACGAGUUCACUCAGUCGGUGCUGAGAGAAAGGGAGGAGGGCUUGGGAGAGCUGCACUACGGUGGCAGCAUCAAAGCCCCUAAAGUUCUGGCCGACAUCGUCGAGUCCAUCGCUGCCGCCGUCUACGUCGACUGCGAUUUCAAUCUUGAGGCGCUCUGGAGGGUAAUUAGGUGGAUGUUGGAGCCAAUAAUUACGCUGGAGAAUUGGGAUGAGCAGCCGGUGACGACACUCUACGUGUUCUGCCAGAAGCGUGGGAAGAGCGUCGAUUUCGAGAAGUGGAAGAAGGGACAGACGUACGUGAUGAAUGUGUUUGUCGAUGGCAAGCUCAUUGGAAUUGGGUCAUCGGAGCAGAAGACAAUCGCGAAGCUCAACGCUGCGAGGGAUGCACUGGAGAAACUGUCAUGCUCCGAGGCAGAGUAUAUGGAUACGGAGCCGUAUUUGCCUGGAGAGGAUGGAGCAGGAGAGCAUAUAGAAGGAUCAAAGCAGAAGCUCAAUGAACUGUGCAGCAAGAAUCGUUGGCCGAGGCCGGUCUACAAAAUUGAAGGAGAACAUGGACCUGCUCAUGACAAGAGAUUCAUUUGUUCAGUUCAAGUUAAACCUUCACAUGAUACUUUUAUGACAUUGAGCGACCCAAAGUCAAGGGUGAAGGAUGCUGAGAAUGCAGCAGCAUGCAAGAUGCUAUCUGAAAUACUGUUUGGUGUUGAUUAAUCUGACACACCUCCGCUCGUCAAAAGCUUCAUUAUGGAAACCAAGUUAACUUUUUUCCAUUUGGGCAUGGUAAUUUAUUGGUUUAAAUUGUAGUGUAGGUCACCGUUUGUCAGUAUUGUUAUUUUAUGGGAGUUGUAGUAUUUAUGGGCCAUAUGUUCUUGCGAACUAUGUGCAUCGAUUGGCUAUACCUUGCUGGUGUCUGGUAGUUGGAACUGGUAAAGUUGGUACCUCGGAUUGAUCCAUCUGACUUGAUGCUUUUUGAGAAGUUCAUCAGUUAAGACCCC